UGACUCAGUUAUGGAGGUUGUGGACAAACCCGAGGCCGGGUCUCGAUUGAGGGGGAAAAGUACAAGCUGAAGGAGAAGAAUAAAGUGAGGGGAGAGGAGCAGUUGUAGAGAUAAAAUACACGAGUGAGAUGAUGGGAAAAUGGGUGCCAAGGAAUCAAGGAUAGGAUUUCUCUCCUAUGAUGAAGCGGUGAAACGAGUUACGGAUGUAGAACUAAAAAGAUUGAAAGAUGCUUUCAAGAGAACAAGUGGACUUUCUUGUUAUAUGAACCAACAAGCCUUUGUCAGGGAAGUACUUGGAGAUGGAGUUCCACCUAAAGUUGCAGAAGUUAUUUAUCAUUCAUUUGGUGGAACAUCAAAAGGUCUUCAUUUUAAUAACCUAAUAGUGGGGCUGGUCCUCCUGACGAGGGGAAGAGAUGAAGAAAAGGCAAAGUAUAUUUUUAACCUCUUUGCUAACGAAUCUGGGAGCUAUGUUGUUCGAGAGGAGAUGGAAACAAUGUUACGAGCUUGUGAUGGAGAGGUUCAACUUGGAGUCAAAAAGUGCUUUAUGGAGGGAGAAAAGGUAAAUUAUGAGAAGUUCAAGAAUUGGCUCCUUCAGAAUAAGGAUGCAUUCACAUUUGCUCGAUGGCUGCUGUCAGGGGGAGUAUGUAUCACUCUUACUGAUGAUAGUGAUACACCUACCUUUUAUCAAACUCUUGCUGGAGUCACUCAUUUGGAAGAAUCUGAUAUAAUUGAUCUUGAGAAACGGUACUGGCUGCUUAAGGCUCAGUCGAGAACGGGACGUUUUGAUUUGGAAACAUUUGUUCCUUUAGUUUCUCCACCCAUCCAUCCAUCUUUAAGUGAAGGUUUAUUCAGUGCUUUUGAUGAAAAUCGUGACAAUCACAUAGACUUCAAAGAAAUUUCUUGUGGGCUUUCUGCUUGCUGUAGAGGACCUCUUGCUGAACGGCAGAAAUUUUGUUUCAAGGUAUUUGACACUGACCGAGAUGGAGUUUUGUCUCGCACUGAAUUGGAAGCAAUGAUAGUUGCACUUUUGGAAGUCUGGAAAGAUAACCGCACUGACAGUAUUCCUGAACUUCAUAUGGGAACAGCUGACAUUGUAAAUCACAUCUUAAAGAAACAUGAUACCACCAAGAUGGGACACUUAACGCUAGAAGAUUAUCAGAUAUGGGGUGUAAAAAGUGCUCUGGCCAGUGAAUUUCUUAAUCUCCUGUUUCAGAUAUGUCACAUAGUUCUUGGUCUAAGACCAGCAACACCAGAAGAAGAAGGACAAAUUAUCAGUGGAUGGCUGGAAAGAGAAAACAGACAUGGCCUACAACCUGGACAUAAUUGGUUUUUGAUUUCAGUGCAGUGGUGGCAGCAGUGGAAGGAAUAUGUGAAAUAUGAAACAAAACCUGUCAUAAUAGAACCCUCAUCAAUAAUGAAUUUAGUAAAAAGCCAAAACCAAUUGCAUGUUGUGGAUCAGAGUGAAGACAAACCUGGAAUGCAGAAUUCAUUUACUUCUACAGAUGAAAAAUAUUUUGACAACAUUUCAAUUGCAUCUGAAGCAUCUGAGAGCACUGGCACUGGCUUGUAUCAGUCUAGUCCAGCUGGUACUGAUGUUUGCUUUCCUAGACAGUACAACAGUUUGGACAACAAUGGUCAAUGCUUCUUAGGUGCCAAUGGGAACAUUUUAGGACAACUUGGUCUACAGAAACCAGGAGCUAUUGAUAAUUUAUCACUUGUAAUGCAAGGGUCUGUAAAGGCUCCUACGUUAACAUUAGAGGGUGGACGCCUGAAACGGAAUCCAGCUUUGGUUCGAGGCAAAGACUAUGAGGUUGUCCCAGAACCAGUGUGGAGGGCAUUGUACCAUUGGUAUGGGGCAAACCUAUCUCUACCUAGGCCUGUCAUUAAAAAUACAACAACAAAUCAAGCAGAGCUCGAGUUGUUUCCUCGCUACCUUCUUUUCUUGCGACAACAACCAGCCACACGUACUCAACAGUCUAACAUCUGGGUGAAUAUGGGUAUGAUGAGCCUGAGAACAUUUCCUCACCAUAGAGGAAAUGUACCUUCACCUUCCUCACCAAUGAAACGAGUGCUAGCUUACACGGGCUGCUUUAGCCGAAUGCAAACAAUAAAAGAUAUACAUGAAUACUUAUCUCGGCGGCUUCGAAUAAAGGAGGAAGACAUGCGACUGUGGCUGUACAACAGUGAGAACUACCUUGCACUACUGGAUGAUGAGGAUCACACUUUAGAAGACUUAAAAAUUCUAGAUGAGCAACACUUGGUGAUUGAAGUUCGCAACAAAGAUAUGAGUUGGCCGGAGGAGAUGUCAUUCAUUGCAAACAGUAGCAAAAUGGACAGACACAAGGUUCCAACUGAAAAAGGUGCCACAGGGUUAAGUAACCUGGGGAACACGUGUUUUAUGAAUUCCAGCAUCCAGUGUGUCAGUAACACACAGCCACUUACCCGGUACUUCAUCUCAGGGAGACACCUUUAUGAACUCAACAGGGCUAACCCAUUAGGAAUGAAAGGUCAUAUGGCCAAGUGUUAUGGAGAUCUUAUCCAAGAGUUAUGGAGUGGAACUCAGAAGAACAUAGCACCACUUAAACUCAGGUGGACAAUAGCAAAAUAUGCUCCAAGAUUUAAUGGUUUUCAGCAACAGGACUCUCAGGAGCUUCUAGCAUUCUUGUUGGAUGGUCUCCAUGAAGACCUCAACAGAGUUCACGAUAAGCCUUACGUAGAACUGAAGGACAGUGAUGGUCGUCCAGAUUUUGAGGUUGCAGCAGAGGCAUGGGAAAAUCACUUGAGGAGAAAUAAAUCAAUUGUUGUUGACCUGUUUCACGGGCAGCUAAAAUCACAAGUCAAAUGCAAAACAUGUGGUCACAUCAGUGUUCGAUUCGAUCCAUUCAACUUUUUGUCUUUGCCUCUGCCAAUGGAUAGCUAUCUACACCUAGAAAUAACAGUUAUCAAAUUAGAUGGUUCAACACCAGUCCGAUACGGUUUACGAUUGAAUGUGGAUGAGAAAUAUACUGGUUUGAAAAAACAAUUAAGUGAAUUAUGUGGACUAAAAUCAGAACAGAUUUUGCUGGGAGAGGUUCAUGGUUCCAAUAUAAAAAAUUUUCCUCAGGAUAACCAGAAAGUGCGGCUAUCAGCAAAUGGUUACCUUUGUGCUUUUGAGAUCCCUGUUCCAGGAUCACCAACCUCUGCCACUUCUCCUGUACAGACAGAUUCCCCCCAGAUGCCAUUGGGUAACGGAAGGCAUAACCAGUCUUCAAAUGCAAAUCCAAUGAAGCCAAAUCUGAUUCCAAAUGGAAUUCCUAGUACUGAGGUGCUAGCUGACAAUGAGAAGAGUCUCUCGAAUGGGCUACCUAAUGGACAUUUACCAGGGGUUAAUGACAGUCCAUUCAUAGGAUACAUCAUUGCAGUUCACAGAAAAAUGAUGCGGACAGAAUUGUAUUUUCUGUCCUCUCAGAAAAAUCGCCCCAGUUUAUUUGGUAUGCCACUUAUUGUGCCCUGCACCAUACAUACUCGCAAGAAGGACCUCUAUGAUGCUGUAUGGAUACAGGUUUCACGGCUUGCCAGCCCUCUGCCACCUCAAGAAGCAAGCAACCAUGCUCAAGACUGUGAUGACAGUAUGGGCUAUCAGUAUCCAUUCACUCUUCGAGUUGUUCAUAAAGAUGGAAAUUCCUGUUCAUGGUGUUCAUGGUACAGAUUUUGCAGGGGGUGCAAGAUCGAGUGUUCUGAUGAAAGAGCUUGUGUUGGGAAUGCUUACAUAGCCAUUGACUGGGAUCCAACUGCUUUACACCUUCGAUAUCAGACGUCACAAGAAAGGAUAUGUGAGGAACAUGAAAGUGUCGAGCAGAGUCGACGAGCGCAAGCAGAGCCUAUUAAUUUGGACAGCUGCCUCCGGGGUUUCACUAGUGAGGAGGAAUUGGGGGAGGAUGAGCUGUAUUAUUGUUCCAAAUGCAAGACCCAUCGCCUGGCAACAAAGAAGCUUGAUCUCUGGAGGCUUCCACCAAUCUUGAUAAUUCACUUGAAAAGAUUCCAGUUUGUUAAUGGCCGCUGGAUUAAAUCACAGAAGAUUGUUAAAUUCCCUAGGGAAGGUUUUGACCCUGGUGCUUUUUUGGUACCUCGUGAUUCAAUGCAGAUUGAACAGCAGACUGCACAACUGGAACUGAGGAAAUCAGAUUUGAGGAAUACCCAGGAAUCGGUAACUGGUGACUAUCUUGGAGUACAAUCUGGUGUAAACGUGGGCAUUUUAAACUUGAAAGCCUCUCCACCUUCAGGAAGAAAAAAUCAGAAUAAUUCAUCAAGCAAAAACAACAGCCCUACAAACAGUCCGAAACAAGGAAAAAGCAGAGGUCGACUACGCUUACCACAACUUGGGAAGAACAAACUUUCAAACAGUAAAGAAAACCUGGAUGGCAGCAAAGAGAAUAACUGCAAUAUGGAUCAAAUAUUGGAGAUAAAGAAUGUCAUAAAUGCUCACUUGGACCAAGUAGUAGAUGAUACUGAUAAGACAAACUGCUCCGGAGGGGACAAUGAGGGAAUAAUGCCAGAGGUUGUUACAACACAGAAUACAGAAUUGAUUUUAGUCAAUGGAGUAUGUCACAACAAGCAGCAGAAUGGAUUUGGAAAUUGUAUUAGUAAUGGAGAGUGUGAAAGCCACACAAAUGAAGAUAUAACUGCAGAUGACCAAAGAGAUCCAAUCCUUUCGAAGCCUCUAUAUAACUUGUAUGCAAUUUCGUGCCAUUCAGGAAUCUUGGGAGGAGGCCAUUAUGUCACAUAUGCCAAAAACCCUAAUGAAAAGUGGUACUGUUACAAUGAUAGUAGCUGUAAGGAAGUACAUCCUGAUGAAAUUGAUACUGACUCAGCCUACAUCCUUUUCUAUGAACAACAAGGUGUGGACUAUGCACAGUUCCUGCCAAAGACAGAAGGCAAGAAAAUGGCAGACACUAGUAGUAUGGAUGAAGAUUUUGAAUCUGAUUACAAAAAGUACUGUAUCCUGCAAUGAAUGUGUUCUUCCAUUAACCAGAUGCCAUGUGUUUGCUGAAGACUGGCAACAAAACACUCCAAGUUGAGAAUUUCAGGGCUGGACAGGUUUUAUGCUCAAAAUGUGCUGCUUCUGCAAAUUCUUUUAUGUGAUUAUGAAGCACAAGAAAAACAUGUAGAAGUUGAAAACAGAUGGUAAUACUGAUUUUUUUUUCCUCUCACUAGUUGCUAUUUGCAACUUGUGCCAGUAGCCAAUGUGAUCUGCUACCUCCUUUUCUUAAACUGUUUGGGUUUCAUGCAUUGUGUUGACGAGACCAGAAUGGUAGCAUGCCAGGAAGAAAUUUAAAUGCACUAAAACUUGGACUAUAGCAUUUUAAUUCUAACAGAGUUAUAACUAUCGUGUGGACUGUCUUUGCCCCUAAUUAAUUUUGAGUGAAUAGUUCAUGAAACACAGUUACAUUUGUUACCUUUUUAAACUGACUUCAGCUUGUAUUUUUAAGGUCAUGUAGUAGUAAGAAAACUAACAUUUUAAAUUCUGGAGAAUACAUUUUAAUGUAAAAUUCUGGGGAAAAAAAAUGCAAAAUAAGUGCCAUGAUCAAUUGAGCUCUUGUUAAACUAACAAUGAAUCACACAGCAUCAAUUUAAAAAGGUAAUGCAAAGUUGGGUUGUGUUUCUUGAAUUUUCCCCAUUGUUCCUUUUCAUUUAUGACCCUUAAAACAAAAUAAACAUUUUGUAAAUCACAAUGCUACACUGGUCUAGAUAUUUUCUGUACUGUUAACAAUUCAUAUUUAUUAUGAAUAUAUGCUUAACUACCUUUGUUAAUUUUUCAUUAGGCUGAAGCUAAAGAAACCUUAUUUUUAAGGUUUAAUAGUAUUGCAUCUAAAUCUCACUGCAUUUUCAGCAUUGCUAAAUACCAUAUGAUUUUGUUUAAACCUGCAUUGCAUUACAAUUAUUUUGGAUACAAUGGGUUUUUGUCUUAUAUUACUUUAACAUCUGUUUGGAUUUUUAACUUGAUGUCAUUACUUGAGCUGCAAAGCCUCCAUACACAUCAAUGCUUCUUGAUGCAGAAGGGUUUUUUUUGGCACAAACAAAUCUGAGUUCACAGAAACAGAUGAUUUCCUGAUCUAUUAUGCUAUAUUCGAAACUGGAACAGCACUUGACUUCCAGAGUUAGGUACUAUGAUUGAACAGUGUUUUGCCUUUAGAGGUUAUUGCAAUUCCCACCCAAUGUGACUUUUAUUGAUAUCCUGCAACAUCCUAUAGCUACUCUGAUGGUCUUAAAUAUAUAUGUAACUGUAUAAAGACUACUAAUUAAGCUCAAUUGAAGGGGAACAUUGGCAAACACAAUGUAAUGUAAUACUUACCUUCAUUUUAUUUUUGACAUUGUAGUUAGUGUUGCACAGUUCUCAAACUUAUUUCAAAACUGAUGGCUAAAGUCUCUGCCCCAUAGCUUGGUAUUCUAAUCAAUCAUGCCUUGCUUAACAUUAAACAGUUCAGUGUAUUUUGAAAUUUCUGGUAAACAUACCAGUGCACAUUAAGAACAAAUCAGCAAUCUUACGUUAAUUUGUGUUUCCAGAAUUGUUCCUCUUUAUGUUAUACAUGAGUUUAAAACAAAAUGCCUGAGUGAUUGAUUGUGUGAGAAAUGAGUAUUUGAAACCAUCCUCUCAGUCACAAUCCUGAAAUAAGGGCAAGUAGUGCAAUCUACUGCUGUAUUGUGUGUUCUUACAAGUCUGUUAUAGAUAUAAUGGUUGAAAAAUAUUCUUUUUUAUUAAAUUAAAUCAUUAAUAACUGAAGAAUUUAUUAAAUUAUCUGAGUAACUACAUUACAUCUUAUUUUGUAAAUUGUAAAAAUAUUGACAUUGCACUGAAUUAAUUGGAAAAUUUUUAUGUACAUAAGUGCUUUGUAAAUAUGGCAGUGAUGUAUUGUAAUACAAGCUGUAAAAACUGUACUUGUAAUUGUAUAUGGAGUGAACCUGUUCAUCUGUAACUAUUAAAAAAAGACAAUAAAUACAGUGGCUGGAAUGUCUGACUUGAAUAAAUGUGUAACUAAUUUUAUUGGUAAUGCA